CUAGUUUCCAGGCAAGAAGAGAGUUGGUCCACUCAUCAUUAUUAGCUUGAGGGAGGCCUCUUCAGGGCAAGCAUUGAAAAAUCCAGUUCCAUCUGAUGCAGCCAGGCACUUUAUCAAGACCCCGUGGAGUGUCAACUAGCAACCGACCCACCUGGCAAGAUUCACGACACCUAGCUAGUAACGAUUGUAAUGGACAAAAGUAGCCAGCUAACUAGUCAAAAUCUGUAGAAUAUCGUCGACAAAUGCGUGUGUUAAAGCCACGUAGCUCUAGCUAUGCUAAUUGAUUUCAUAAAUCAAGCUAGCUAGUUGCUACCGCAACUUUUAUCCAAAGUAGCAGCGAGCUAGCAGUCAAGCAUCCCUCGCUAACUUGGGGUAUUUUUGCUAGCUAACUGGUUAAUAUUCAAAUACCCAUACAACACAGUUAUUUGGCCACCCGUUAUAUUUUUGGAGCCAGCUAUCUGAACGACUUUUAUAAUAUAGCCGUCUUAAUUGAGACUGCUGGCUAGUUGAACAGUUUAAUCAGUUGGUCAUCAUCGCUUCGUCUAGCUAGCCACAGUAGCUUUGCUAGCCAACCUGCUAACGUUACUUUGUUCACUAGCUAGCAAACUAGCGCCAGGCAUCUAGCAAGGUGCUGCUGACGACAGCCAGUACAGUGGCUAGCCAGCUAGCUAGCCAAAAUCCGAGUAGUUUUGUUGCUCUUUCUCCAUUAAAAAAAAUCCCUGCGAUGAUGGAAAAGAGUGGUUCAGAAAUGUCAGGGAAAAGAAGGGGUAGGAAUACAGUUAAUAAUCCUAACAAAAGUUUAGCUACAAAUGGGAAUAUCAACAAUUCAUGGGAGGAAGGAAGUUCGGGCUCCUCCAGUGAUGAUGAGCAUGGUAGGUCAACACGACGGUGGUAGCCUCGGUCACUCUAAACUAGUUCAUACACUUGUACACUGAUUCAAAAUAUUAUUCCUGUGUUUAUGUUAUAUGUUCAGGUAGUGGUGGUAUGAGAGUUGGGACUCAGUAUCAAGCCCUCGUGCCAGACUAUGAUCCAGGUGAGUCAUUUUACUGUUCACAGUCAUGAAGAUGGAACAGGUUACCAGACAUGAUAGCCUCGAACAAUUCCUGGUCGUCUAUUCCACGAGCUUUGACUAAGCGGGCUACAGCUAACUACAUCUGUAUUAUUUUGACAUUCCAACUCCUGUCCACGGCUACAUUGUUUCCUGUUUGAACGGAUUUAAGCGCAGAACUAAUGUCUAUGUAUCCAAUAUAUUUAAGCAUAUUUAGAUGCUGAAUUAAAAAAUCGGAGAUGAGCUAAUUAAAAAGUUUGUAAUUUACUUCCGUUAUAGCUGGGCCCUAAUUGUUGGUCGAACGACCAUUAUUAUAAACGUUUAAUUGAAGUUUAUUGGGGGUGAGAAUGGUGUAGAUGGCUACCCUUUACAGAACGAAUCAUUAUGAAAUGUAUUAUUUGUAGCUGCUUUCACUAGCCUAUAAGCCUAUUUCUGAUAAGUCCUGAUUUCUGAUGGUCCAUAUUUUUUUCUCAAUUUGGUCUCCAUGAGAGAAUUGAUAGGCUUGUGCUGAUGAUAAUACAUGUUGUAUUUUCCAAAUGAACAUGGAAUUUAAUUCUAGCUAAACCUGUAUUAUUGGAAAUGGGUUUCACUUUCACCAGAGUUUCACUAUCAACAUUUAAAACAUAAAAGCAUUUAGGAUAAAGGCAAUGAGUAGUUUGAGUAAUUAAGUCACUGGUCCUCAUUCGAUCCUUUAUCCCCCCUGUGACAGAGAUUGCCAAGGCGGCAGAGGAGAGGGACAACCUGGGCAUGCUGGUGUGGCUCCCCAGCCCAAACCUGGCUGAAGCUAAAUGUGAGAAACAUUCAAGUCAUUUUCCUCAUUAUGUACCAAAUGUAAACUACUUGCCCAGUUUACUUUUGCAAACCUUAUGUUUAUCUGAAGCAAAAUAUUUAGUUAAUGUAAUAGCUAUGCAAUAAUAACAGAAAUGGGUAGCUGAGUGUUAUGCAAGUGAGUGUUAUGCCAUAGUCUUUUGGAUAUAUACAGUACCAGUCAAAAGUUUGGACACCUACUCAUUCAAGGAUUUUUCUUUAUUUUGACUAUUUUCUACAUUGUAGAAUAAUAGUGAAGACAUCAAAACUAUGAAAUAUCACAUAUGGAAUCAUGUAGUAACCAAGAAAGUGUUAAACAAAUCAGAAUAUUUUAAAUAAAUAAAUAAAUAGGUCAUUUAGCAGACGCUCUUAUCCAGAGCGACUUACAGGAGCAAUUAGGGUUAAGUGCCUUGCUCAAGUGCACAUCGACAGAUUUUUCACCUAGUCAGCAUCGGGGAUUAGAACCAGCGACCUUUCGGUUACUGGCACAACGCUCUUAACCACUAAGCUACCUGCCGUUUUAGAUUCUUCAAAGUAUCCACCCUUUGGCUUGAUGACAGCUUUGAACACUCUUGGCAUUCUCUCAACCAGCUUCAUGAGGUAGUCACCUGGAAUGCAUUUCAAUUAAUAGGUGUGCCUUGUUAAAAGUUAAUUAGUGGAAUUUCUUUCCUUCUUAAUGCGUUUGAGCCAAUCAGUUAUAGGGGUGGUAUACAGAAGAUAGCCCUAUUCGGUAAAAGACCAAGUCCAUAUUAUGGCAAGAACAGCUCAAAUAAGCAAAGGGAAAUGACAGUCCAUCAUUACUUUAAGACAUGGUCAGUCAAUCCGGAACAUUUCAAGAACUUUGAAAGUUUCUUCAAGUGCAGUCACAAAAACCAUCAAGCGCUAUGAUGAAACUGGCUCUCUUGAGGACCACCACAGGAAAGGAAGACCCAGAGUUACCAGGACUUCAUGGUCGAAUUGCUGCAAAGAAACCACUACUAAAGGACACCAAUAAGAAGAGACCUGCUUGGGCCAAGAAACACGAGCAAUGGACAAUAGACCGGUGGAAAUUUGUCCUUUGGUCUGGAGUCCAAAUUUGAGAUUUUUGGUUCCAACAGCCAUGUCUUUGUGAGACGCAAUGUGGGUGAACGGAUGAUCUUCGCAUGUGUAUUUCCCACCGAAAAGCAUGGAGGAGGUGGUGUGGAGGUGCUUUGCUGGUGACACUGUCUGUGAUGUAUUUAGAAUUCAAGGCACACUUAACCAGCAUGGCUACCACAGCAUUCUGCAGCGAUACACCAUCCCAUCUGGUUUGGGCUUAGUGGGACUAUCAUUUGUUUUUCAACAGGACAAUGACCCAACACACCUCCAGGCUGUGUAAGGGCUAUUUGACCAAGAAGGAGAGUGAUGUAGUGCUGCAUCAGAUGACCUGGCCUCCACAAUCCCCCGCCUCAACCCAAUUCAGAUGGUUUAGGGAUGAGUCGAACGGCGGAGUGAAGGAAAAGCAGCCAAUAAGUGCUCAGCGUAUGUGGGAACUCCUUUUUGACUGUUGGAAAAGCAUUCCAGGUGACGGUGGUUGAGAGAAUGGCAUAAGUGUGCAAAGCUGUUUUCAAGGGAAAGGUUGGCUAUUUGAAGAAACUCAAAUAAAAUAUAUUUGGAUUUGUUCAACACUUUUUGGUUACUAAAUGAUUAUUUCAUGGUUUUGAUGUCGUCACUAUUAUUCUACAAUGUAGAAAAUAGUAAAAAAAUUAAAUAAACUUGAGUAGGUGUGUCCAAACUUUUGACUGGUACUGUACAUAUACAAUGCAUUUGGAAAGUAUUCAGACCCCUUGACUUUUUCCACAUUUUGUUACGUUAAAGCCUUAUUCUAAAUUGGAUAAAAAAAAUUGUUGCAAAAAAUUAAUACAUGGAAAUAUUACAUUUACAUAAGUAUUCAGACCCUUUACUCAGUACUUUGUUGAAGCACCUUUGGCAGCGAUUACAGCCUCAAGUCGUCUUGGGUAUGACGCUACAAGCUUGGCACGCUACAAGCUUGGCACACCUCAAGCUCUGUCAGGUUGGAUGGGGAGCGUCGCUGCACAGCUAUUUUCAGGUCUCUCCAGAGAUGUUAGAUCGGGUUCAAGUCCGGGCUCUGGCUGGGCGUCUCAAGGACAUUCAGAGACUUGUCCUGAAGCCACUCCUGCAUUCUCUUGGCUGUGUGCUUAGGGUCGUUGUCCUGUUGGAAGUUGAACCUUCGCCCCAGUCUGAGGUCCUGAGCGCUCUGGAGCAGGUUUUCCUUAAGGAUCUCGCUGUACUUUGCUCCGUUCCUCUUUCCCUCAAUCCUGACUAGUCUCCCAGUCACUGCCACUGAAAAACAUUCCCACAGCAUGAUGCUGCCACUACAAUGCUUUACCGUAGGGAUGGUGCCAGGUUUCCUCCAGACGUGACGCUUGGCAUUCAGGCCAAAGAGUUCAAUCUUGGUUUCAUCAGACGAGAGAAUCUUGUUUCUCAUGGUCUGAGAGUCCUUUAGGUGCCUUUUGGCAAACUCCAAGCAGGCUGUCAUGUGCCUUUUUUACUGAGGAGUGGCUUCCGUCUGGCCACUCUACAAUAAAGGCCUAAUUGGUGGAGUGCUGCAGAGAUGGGUGUCCUUCUGGGAGGUUCUCUCAUCUCCACAGAGGAACUCUGGAGCUCUAUCAGAGUGACCAUCUGGUUCUUGGUCACCUCCCUGACCAAGGCCCUUCUCCCCCGAUUGCUCAGUUUGGCCGUGCGGCCACCUCUAGGAAGAGUCUUGGUGGUUCCAAACUUCUUACAUUUAAGAAUGAUGGAGGCCGCUGUGUUCUUGGGGACCUUCAAUGCUGCAGACAUUUUUUGGUACCCUUCCCCUGAUCUGUGCUUCGACACAAUCAUGUGUCGGAGCUCUACGGACAAUUCCUUUGACCUCAUGGCUUGGUUUUUGCUCUGACAUGCACCGACAACUGUGGGACCUUAUAUAGACAGGUGUGUGCCUUUCCAAAUCAUGUCCAAUGAAUUGAAUUUACCACAUGUGGACUCCAAGUUGUAGAAACAUCUCAAGGAUGAUAAAUGGCAACAGGAUGCACCUGAGCUCAAUUUCGAGUCUCAUAGCAAAGGGUCUGAAUACUAAUGUAAAUAAGGUAUUUCUGUUUAUUUUUAAUACAUUUACCUAUUUUUGCUUUGUCAUUGUGGGGUAUUGUGUGUAGAUUAAGGGGAAAAACAUUUAUUUAAUCCAUUUUAGAAUAAGGCUAUGUUUUAUAUAUUUUUUACAGUGGAUGAAUACAUUGCAAUUGCCAAAGAGAAGCAUGGGUACAACAUGGAACAGGCACUGGGGAUGCUCUUCUGGCACAAGCACAACAUUGAGAAGUCCCUGGCAGAUUUGCCCAACUUCACACCUUUCCCAGAUGAGUGGACAGUGGAGGACAAGGUCCUGUUUGAACAGGGCUUCAGCUUCCACGGAAAAACAUUCCACCGUAUACAGCAGAUGGUGAGCCUAACGCCGCCGAAUUGUAUCAUUUUUGUCAGUAAAAAGCAGACUACUUCAUUGGCAAACAUGGAACACAUCAUGAUGACGAUGACAUGAUACUGAAUGCUAAUUUGGGGUGUUCAUUGUGUGAUGUCUCUAAACCACAAAUUAUGCAGAAAACAGUGUUUUCGUUUGUCAUUGAUAAGUUCUUCUUGUGCUAGCUACCAGACAAAUCCAUUGCCAGCUUGGUUAGAUUCUACUACUCAUGGAAGAAGACACGGAGCAAAACCAGUGUCAUGGAUCGCCAUGCACGCAAGCAGAAGAGGGAACGAGAGCAGAGGUAUGAGAAGUGUAUGCUUUUGUUUAAAAUGCAUGAACCCAGUCUCUCAACUUUCACUCCCUUUUGAAAAAGUAGUCCUGGGUGGUUUCAACCAUUCCAAAUUAGCCCCAAAAACUGAUUAUUGUAUUAUUAGGAAAGUCUUGCCAAGAAUACCAUUAUUUUUUUCUAUGUAUCAAGUUUUUGCUUUAUCUUUUCAGUGAGGAUGAGGCUGAGGAGACCAAUGGAAAUGCUCCAAGCGAUGUAGAGUACGAACCAAAUAAAGAGGAGAAGAAAGAGGUGGGUCUAUUCAGAGGCUCUUAUCAUUUAAUACACAAAUGUAGUUUAUUGAAGCCAACUAACAUGGUAAUUUUCUGUUUUAGCUGGGCGCAGCACCUGAGAAACAGGAGCCAAAACCACUAGCAGUGGUACAGAAGGUAGCUUUUGAAUUCCAAAUAUUUUCAUUACCAUUUCAAUAGAAACAUACAACAUUCAUAUUCAAUUCACUCUACUUUUGAUGGUUGGGCUUUUUAACCUAAAUGUAUUCCUUCACGUCUAGCCGACUACUGGCGUGGCAGAGAAACUGACCCACGUCAAGAAAGAACCCCAGGGUCCUCCAGGGAAGAACCUGCACCGUGCUAAGAAGAAGCCUCCUAAAGGAAUGUAUCUGAGUCAGGGAGACGUAGCUGCUAUGUCCACCAGCACCCCUGCUGCGGUCGGUGUGCUGCGGCAAAUGGACAUGGAGCUGGUUGGCAUCAAACGGCAGGUUAGUGCACUGUCUUAACAGUAAUACAUUAUUCUUCUGUGACAGCAUUUCCUAUCCAUUGAUGAGUACAUUUUGUGUCAAUCAUGUAUUGGUGUCAAUGGGAGAUUUGUGUGGAAAUUAAGAACUAAGCCUGUGUACCUUGAGUAUCUUUAGGUUGAUGAGUUAACCUGGACAUUAUUCCUUAAUGAGUUUUAUCCCCUUCUAGAUCCAGAGCAUCAAACAGAAUAACAGUGCCCUGAAGGAGAAGCUAGAUGUGGGAGUAGACAACUUCAGAGUACCUGAGGUAACGCUAUUGCUGAUUUAGAGUUCUGACCUUCUCAUUUCACUGUCUCCAUAGAAUUAAAGGUGCUCUAUGCAGAAAUGGCUCCUAAUAGUUAGCCUAAUUUCAGUUUGUGACAAAACAAGCAAGUAUUGUGUAGAGAACCAUCGUACAAUCUAAACCGCUGUGAAAUAUAUUUUCAUAACCAAAAAUAUUGUGUUUUUCGCUGUUUGAAGCUGGUGUACAAAACCGAAAGUAAAAGACGCAAAAACGAAACUUAAGAACGGGAAACAGAACAGAUCUACCACUUUUUAGACUUGCGUUCAAUGAGUGACAGAUCUGUAACACACAUUUCUAUGUACAUUUGGUAGGAUCGCCCAAAAGGUUUCCAGCCAAUUGUCGAAAAUAGGUUUAUUGCUCAGCAUUGAUCAACUCAGCGUACACUAGUGGAAUCUGCUGGUCAGAAGAAUUUUAGAGCAGCCAAAUGAUUAUAGAUUACGUCACACACGCCGUAGCACAGAGACAGCGCUGAGAUGUCUAGUAUUUGUAAAAAAAAAUCAAAUAAUAAAAACAUAUGUACAUUAUUAUAUGUUUGAAAUAGGAUCCCAUUUCCCAGCUCAUUAGACGCUAGCAACUCUCAAAAUCAACUUGCACAACUUUCGGUAACCAACCUUCAAUGAAAAGGUUUCACUUCCUUUUGUCUUCUACCAAUACCAAACCAAUCAGGUGGUUUGCGACCAAAAUAAAGUUUGACGUCAUUGAUGACAUGCUUCUGAUAAAGUGAUACGGGCAUCAGCACACUGCUUUGAAGUAAACUGCUUUGCGAUUGCUCCGGUAUCAAACGUAACAUCACUUGCCUUGUAAUACAUUUUCACCUGUCGUGUUGCUUGUAUGUUUGUGACUAUUUAUGUCUCAGGUGAACCAGAAGUUUAACACACGCUGGACAACAGAGGAGCAACUGCUUGCUGUACAAGGUAAUUGAUUGCAAGUGCAACAGAUGGGUUGGGAUUAGAGAAAGGGAGGAGGUAGAACAUUUAACCAACUGAAGUAGGGACCAUGUGAAAAGUCAGAUGAUAAAGAAUUUCAUCUUGAGUUCUGUUUCACUGGGGGGCAUGGCACAUAACAAUCUCAAUUUGUUCAAAAUGUAUGUUCACUCCAUUGUAACCUCUUCCAGCCAUCAGAAAAUAUGGGCGGGACUUCCAGGCUAUCUCUGACGUGAUAGGCAACAAGUCUGUGGUGCAGGUGAAGAACUUCUUUGUCAACUACCGCCGACGCUUCAACCUGGAUGAGGUGCUGCAGGAAUGGGAGGCCGAGCACGGGAUGGAGGGAGCAGCCAAGGGAGGAGAGGAGAAAAUGGACACAUCACCAUCUCCCACUGAGGAUGGAGCCACCAUCCCUGUGCCGCCAGAGGACCAAAAAGAGGUGUGUGACUGACCACUCUUUGUAUUGCGUAAUGGAUUUAUGUAUGUAUGUAUGUAUGUAUGUAUGUAUGUAUGUAUAUAUAGAUAUAUAUAUAUAUAUAUAUAUAUAUAUAUAUAUAUAUAUAUAGAUGUAUGUGUGUGUGUAUAUACAGCUCUGGAAAAAAUUAAGAGACCACUGCACAUUUUUCUUAAAUCAGCCUCUACAUGUAUGACAGCCAUUCCAUUCCAGUGUCUAUUGAAUUCCAACACAGGCACACCUCAUUCUACUGAAUUAGGUACUGAUUAGGUGGUCACCUGAACCAAAUCUUAUUUAACGGGGAAAAGUAUAAAAACCACUGCUGUGGUCAUCACUAUCCUCUUGCAAUAGGACCAGCUGGAUGGCAAAAACAGUGCUAAUAGUACCUCAGAAGUAAUAUUAAUCAAAAAAUAACUAUUGUCCAUGCCAAAAGAGUUGAAAAGGAAAGUUUUGAGUGAGGAAAAGAAAGGUUCAAUUCUGGCUUUACUGGCAGAGGGAUUCAGUGAGCGUCAGGUUGUUUCCAUCCUUAAAAUGUCAAAUACGGCGGUUCAUAAGAACAAGGUCAAGCACCAGACAUUGGGGACAACAAAGCUACAGACCGGCAGAGGGCGAAAACGACUCUCUACUGACCGGGAUGACCGCCAACUCAUUCGAAUGUCACUCAACCGUAGGAUGACAUCAAGUGACCUACAAAAAUAAUGGCAAACGGCAGCUGGGGUGAAGUGCACGGCGAGGACGGUUCGAAACAGGCUCCUAGGGGCAGGGCUGAAGUCGUGCAAAGAUAGAAAAAAGCCCUUCAUCAAUGAGAAGAGCCAGGCUGAGGUUUGCAAAAGACCAUAAGGAUUGGACCGUAGAGCACUGGAGUAAGGUCAUCUUCUCUGAGUCCAAUUUUCAGCUUUGCCCAACACCUGGUCGUCUAAUGGUUAGAUGGAGACCUGGAGAGGCCUACAAGCCACAGUUUCUCGCACCCACUGUGAAAUUUGGUGGAGGAUCGGUGAUGAUCCGGGGGUGCUUCAGCAAGGCUGGAAUCGGGCAGAUUUGUCUUUGUGAAGGACGCAUGAAUCAAACCACGUACAAGGUUGUCCUGGAAGAAAACUUGCAUCCUUUUGCUCUGACAUUGUUCCCCAACUCUGAGGAUUGGUUUUUCCAGCAGGACAAUGCGCCAUGCCACACAGCCAGGUCAAUGAAGGUGUGGAUGGAGGACCACCAGAUCAAGACCCUGUCAUGGCCAGCCCAAUCUCCAGACCUGAACCCCAUUGAAAACUUCUGGAAUGUGAUCAAGAGGAAGAUGGAUGGUCACAAGCCAUCAAACAAAGCCAAGCUGCUUGAAUUUUUGUGCAAGGAGUGGCAUAAGGUCACCCAACAUCAAUGUGAAAGACUGGUGGAGUGCAUGCCAAGACGCAUGCAAGCUGUGAUUGAAAAUCAGGGUUAUUCCACCAAAUAUUGAUUUCUGAACUCUUCCUAAGGUAAAACAUUACUAUUGUGUUUAAAAAUGAACAUGAACGUAUUUCCUUUGCAUUAUUCGAGGUCUGACAACACUGCAUCUUUUUUGUUAUUUUGACCAGUUGUCAUUUUCUGCAAAUAAAUGCUCUAAAUGACAAGUUUUAUUUAGGAGAAAUGUUGUCAGUAGUUUAUAGAAUAAAACAAAAAUGUUAUUUUUACCCAAACACAUACCUAUAAAUAGUAAAACCAGAAUUUUGCAGUGGUCUCUUAAAUUUUUUGUGUACACACCACACACACAGUUGAAGUCGGAAGUUUAUAUACACUUAGGUUGGAAUCAUUAAAACUCGUUUUUCAACCACUCCACAAUUAUUUUUAACAAACUAUAGUUUUGGCAAGUCGGUUAGGACAUCUACUUUGUGCAUGACACAAGUAAUUUUUCCAACAAUUGUUUACAGAAAGAUUAUUUCACUUAUAAUUGACUGUAUCACAAUUCCAGUGGGUCAGAAGUUUACAUACACUAAGUUGACUGUGCCUUUUAAACAGCUUGGAAAAUUCCAGAAAAUGAUGUCAUGGCUUUAGAAGCUUCUGAUAGGCUAAUUGACAUCAUUUGAGUCAAUUGGAGGUGUACCUGUGGAUGUAUUUCAAGGCCUACCUUCAAACUCAGUGCCUCUUUGCUUGACAUCAUGGGAAAAUCAAAAGAAAUCAGCCAAGACCUCAGAAAAAUUAUUGUAGAGCUCCACAAGUCUGGUUCAUCCUUGGGAGCAAUUUCCAAACGCCUGAAGGUACCACGUUCAUCUGUACAAACAAUAGUACGCAAGUAUAAACACUAUGGGACCACGCAGCCAUCAUCCCGCUCAGGAAGGAGACACGUUCUGUCUCCUAGAGAUGAACGUACUUUGGUACGAAAAGUGCAAAUCAAUCCCAGAACAACAGCAAAGGACCUUGUGAAGAUGCUGUAGGAAACAGGUACAAAAGUAUCUAUAUCCACAGUAAAACGAGUCCUAUAUUGACAUAACCUUUAAAAGCCAGCAAGGAAGAAGCCACUGCUCCAAAACCGCCAUAAAAAAGCCAGACUAUGGUUUGCAACUGCACAUGGGGACAAAGAUCAUUCUUUUUUGAGAAAUGUCCUCUGGUCUGAAAAACAAAAAUAGAACUGUUUGGACAUAAUGACCAUUGUUAAGUUUGGAGGAAAAAGGGGAACGCUUGCAAGCCAAAGAACACCAUCCCAACCGUGAAGCACGGGGGUGGCAGCAUCAUGCUGUGGGGGUGCUUUGCUGCAGGAGGAACUGGUGCACUUCACAAAAUAGAUGGCAUCAUGAGGAAGGAAUAUUAUGUGGAUAUAUUGAAGCAACAUCUCAAGACAUCAGUCAGGAAGUUAAAGCUUGGUCGUAAAAGGGUCUUCCAAAUGGACAGUGACCCCAAGCAUACUUCCAAAGUUGUGGCAAAAUGGCUUAAGGACAACAAAGUCAAGGUAUUGGAGUGGCCAUCACAAAGCCCUGACCUCAAUCCUAUAGAUAAUUUGUGGCCAGAACUGAAAAAGCAUGUGCGAGCAAGGAGGCCUACAAACCUGACUCAGUUACACCAGCUCUGUCAGGAGGAAUGGGCCAAAAUUCACCCAACUUAUUGUGGGAAGCUUGUGGAAGGCUACCCAAAAUGUUUGACCCAAGUUAAACAAUUUAAAGGCAAUGCUACCAAAUACUAAUUGAGUGUAUGUAAACUUCUCACCCACUGGGAAUGUGAUGAAAUAAAUAAAAGCUGAAAGAAAUAAUUCUCUCUCCUAUUAUUCUGACAUUUCACAUUCAUUCAUAAAAUAAAGUGGUGAUCCUAACUGACCUAAGACAGGGAUUUUUACUAGGAUUAAAUGUCAGGAAUUGUGAAAAACUGAGUUUAAAUGUAUUUGGCUAAGGUGCAUCACAGUGCUAGCUGCGCCACUAGAGAUCCUGGUUCGAAUCCAGGCUCUGUCGUAGCCGGCCGUGACCGGGAGACCCAUGGGGCGGCGCACAAUUGGCCCAGCGUCGUCCAGGGUAGGGGAGGGAAUGGCCGGCAGGGAUGUAGCUCAGUUGGUAGAGCAUGGCGUUUGCAAAGCCAGGGUUGUGGGUUCGUUUCCCACGGGGGGCCAGUAUGAAAAAUGUAUGCACUCACUAACUGUAAGUUGCUCUGGAUAAGAGCGUCUGCUAAAUGACUAAAAUGUAAAUGUAUGUAAACUUCUGACUUAAACUGUGUGUGUGUGUAUAUGUGUGUGUGUGUGUGUAUAUAUAUAUAUAUAUAUAAUUUGCACUAUGCCCUACUGUUUUUGUGGUCCCCUUUUUUAUCUGUAGUGAUGCAUCAAAUCUUUAAAUCGCGGGUUAAACUUUUCCAGCUCGAGUCCCAAAUGAGAAAUUGACCGUCCUCCCGUGACCCAAAUUAAGAGGAAAUAGUGUAUGAUUACAGAUGCGUUCUAAUAACUUGAGACCCACCUCUUACAUGCCCAGGUCCCGACCCAUAGUUUAAGAAGCUCUGCUUUAAAGAUCCUUAAUUGAAACAAUAAUAAGGCGGUCACCCUGCCUGUGUUUUGGUAAAAAGCUGAGGGAUGGGCCUGGACAAAUGUAACCACUCUCAAAAUCAUAGACCAAGCUAUGGAUGCAAGGACUGACCAUCCAUGAUAUCAAAAUUAUAGUUUUAACCAUGUUUUGAGGCUAUACAAUGUUUUGUUUACAAACAUUGGAGUAAAACAAGCUUGUAUUUGGGGUCCUGAUUUGGUAUGACAGUUGAACUUAGCUCAUGAGGAAUUUAUAAGUUAUAUUUAAGCAAUAAGGCCAGAGGGGGUGUGGUAUAUGACCAAUAUACCACAGCUAAAGGCUGUUCUUAGCAACGCAACGCGGAGUGCCUGGUUUACAGCCCUUAGCUGUGGUACAGUAUGUUGGCCAUAUACCACAAACCCCCAAGGUGCCUUAUUGCUAUUAUAAACUGGUUACCAACGUAAUUAGAGCAGUAAAAAUACAUGUUUUGUCAUACAUGUGGUAUACGGUCUGAUAUAUCACGGCUGUCAGCCAAUCAGCAUUCGGGGCUCGAACCACCCAAUUUAUAAUCUUCAGGAAUCAAUGUGUAUAUCUCAUUAAGUCUAUAAGCAAUUAAGGAUUCCAGCUUUAAAUAAUUCCAGUCUUUAAUUUGAGUUUUUUUUGCCAUAUGUAUUAAGUGCAAAUACUCCCCAAUGUUGUCUCUUUACAGGAAUCCUCACUAGUGGAAGCACAACAACCUCUAGCAUCCUGAGUGGCCAGCCAUUUUGGAUAAUUCUGUUGGCGGAACUGCUCCCUCUGAGAUUUUACUUCUGUUCUGAAGAGGCGAUGAUGAAUCUGCACAGGUUACUCCCUGUCUGUGCAGGCCUGUUCAAGAAGGUCAUUCCUGUUACCUCAUCCCCAAUUCAAGGAUGUUUUUCAGCUGCCCACCAAUUAACUUACAGCACCAGUUUUCAGCCGGACUGACAGUCAAAGUAACCAGAAUUAUCUGACUGCACUUUAACCCAUCCCAGAAAAAUCUUCUGUAUCAACUGUAACUUGUGUAUGCAUCUGGCGCCUUUUACCCUGCCUCUGUCACUCUCAACAUUACAGAUGAUCCCUGUUAUCCAGCCCACAAUAUCCGUUUGUCAUUUUAUCCUUCUGCAACCCUCUUUACUUUGUAAAGACUGGGUUUUGUUGUGUAGUAUUUAAUCGUAUCGCAGUAGGUCUCGGUAUGAAAUGACCCUGUGGACUACGAUUAUUUUCUAUUGUGCCCUACACGCGCUGGAACGAACAUGAGGAAGCCGUCUUUGUUCACCAGACGGCCAUAAAGAAAA